AUGACAUCGUUUGAACCCGCUUAUAGCUAUGCAACACCCCAAGCAACACCUCGAAGACAUAAGAGAAAAGUCGAUGAUAUUCCCAAGGGUGAUGAAAUUUCCUAUCAUAAAAGACGCCAGGAACAUAAAUUACACUCAGAGAUUCAUAAUCAUACUAUUGCAUUGUUAAUGAAUUCCCUGAAGAGUUUGAGCGAACAGAAAAACAGAUCAAAAUUACAAGAAUCUCCUAGCAAUCAUGAUAUCCUUGAGGAAACCGGAGAUAAAGAAUUCACUUACAAACAAAAUCCCUAUUGGCCAGUCAUAUCGAAAGAGAAACGAAUAUAA